CAGGCUUCUGGAGCUGGGGCAGCACAACCGGCGCCGCGCGAGGAUCGAGUCCGGCAGCGUGGAGGGCUGGAUCAGCCUGGCGACCCGCACGGGCGACCUGCUGGUCAGCGUGCGCCCCGCGGACCGGCCUCCUGGGCCAGAGCCAGAGCCCGUUUGGCGGCAUGGCCCGCUUGGGGCCGUGCUGUCCGUGAGCGCCAGCGUCACCAGGCAGCUGGCGUCGAUCGGACGCCGCCCCACCGUCUCGGACGAGCUCGAGAGGCAGCUGCAGAUCGCCAGCGGCCUGCUCUCCCGAUGGAGCAAGCACCCCGGGCCGGAGCUCGCCCGCAGGCUGCCGGAG